CCUCUGAGAGUCAGCUGACACGCGUAGUUCCGCUUCUGACAGAUGUUUGCAGUGUCGGAUCGUGCGGCUGUGAAAUCAAAACCCCUGCGCGAUCAGAGCCGAUCAGCGCUAUGAGUGCCGGAGCCCCCCGAUCACUGGCCUCCUCCGGACAGAAGUCCAUCCAGGACAUGUGCCACCCUCUGUCCGCCCAGGAGAGCGCGCUGAGCCCCGGCCGCGCCGCGGAUAAGGACCUGAUCCUGCCCAAUGGGACUCCAGUAGACACAUCAAGCCCCGCCUCCUCUUCGUCUCUGCUGAACCGACUACACCUCGAUGACGAUCUGGACGGAGAAACACGAGAUCUGUUUGUGACCGUAGACGACCCCAAGAAACACGUGUCUACUAUGGAGACAUAUAUCACCUACAGAGUAUGCACAAAGACCUCCAGAACAGAGUUUGACCUGCCUGAGUACUCGGUAAGGCGACGCUACCAGGACUUUGACUGGCUGAGGAACAAAUUAGAGGAAAGCCAACCCACCCAUCUUAUUCCACCUUUGCCUGAGAAGUUUGUCAUGAAGGGCGUUGUGGACCGUUUCUCAGAGGAGUUUGUGGAGACCAGGAGAAAGGCACUAGACAAGUUCCUCAAACGUGUAGCAGACCAUCCUGUGCUUUCUUUUAAUGAGCACUUCAAUGCAUUUCUCUCAGCAAAGGACUUGAAUAAGCGUCAAGGCCUGGCUCUUCUGACUAAAAUGGGGGAAUCUGUGAAGUUUGUGACGGGUGGUUAUAAACCGAGGGCACGGCCGGCGGAGUUUGCUGCCAUGGGUGACUAUCUGGACUUGUUCACACCGAAACUGGGCACCAUUGACAGGAUAGCACAGAGAAUCAUCAAAGAGCAGUCAGAGUUCCUGAUGGAGUUGAGAGAGUACGGGCCCGUCUACUCCUCCUGGUCGUCUUUUGAGGAGGACCUCCAUGAUCCUCUGGAGGGGGUGUCGGGGUGCGUGUCGAACUGUUCCAGUGCUCUGGAGGAGCUCACGGAGGACAUGAGCGAAGACUUUCUCCCUGUGCUCAGAGAAUACGUCCUGUACAUUGAGUCCAUGAAGAAUGUGCUGAAGAAGAGAGACCAAGUUCAGGCUGAGUAUGAAACAAAGCUGGAGGCAGUCGUGUUCAGAGAGGACAAAAAGACCCCGGUGCCCACUGAUGUGGAGAAGUGCCAGGACCGUGUGGAGUGUUUCAACGCCGACCUGAAGGCCGACUGGGACCGCUGGGAGAACAACAAGCGACAGGACUUCAGACAGCUGCUGACGGGCAUGGCCGACAAAAACAUCCAGUACUACGAGAAGUGCCUUGCAGCAUGGGAGUCCCUCAUUCCACUGUUACAAGACAAACAGGAAGCAGAAGGAGAAACGAGCUGAGCGUGUGUUUCAGUUGUUCUCCUGGCCACCGGCGAGGUCCAGGGCUCUGGAUCCAGGCUGUCCUCGGACCAGAGCUUUCACGGGACGGGACGCUACUGGAACAAACGAGCUCCGAGAAUCCAUUUGUAAAGUGUCUUUAUUUGUUAAAGCCCGUCCAACUGCCUCUCUCUCUCUCUCUCUCUCUCUCGUUCUCUCUUUUUUUUGGGGAAGGAGAAUCUGCAGGACUGGAACUGCAGAAGAAACUGUAAACGCUCGUGAGGAAGAGAGAGGGGGAGGACGUUUUUAGUGAGAUGUUUGCCAGUUAUUCUUUUGUAAAUGCUUGUGUUUUGAUGCUGAUCCGUCCAAGGGAGCCGAGACGUCAGUGUUUUGUUCUUUGGUUCGUGUGGAGUCCUGAAGAGUCCAGUUUUUCCUCUUGCCAAACAGUUUGAUAUCUCGAUUGAAGCGAUCACUUUUUUUUUCCAGAAGAUUUCCUGGACUACAAAAGCCUUGCCUGGAUCGGCCGUUCCCUCGUUAUACUCUAAACUAAGCUGUUGCGUUGAAAUGAAGGAUGUUUUCCCAGCCAUACAUGACCUCAUUAAAUAUUUAUGACUAAAGAUGUGUCAUAAUGAUUUGUACUUGUGUUAAUGGGGCAGGAUCUGUGGUUGGGUCAACUAGUCAAGUGAGGUGAAUGUAAUGUGGGGCGUUUCCUGUGAAACUCUGGGAUAAUAAUGGAGAGCGGCUCAUCUCCAAUAACAUACAUCUAUUCUGAAAUUCAAAGAACACUAUUAAGUUGCUCAUGUUUAAUGUGGUUAUGCAGUGCAGGAUAGUAAUUUCUUUUUUUUUUUUUUUUUGAAAGAAGUCUCUUUAUGCUCACCAAGGCUGCAUUUAUUUGAUCGAAAUACAGUAAAAACAGUGACAUAUUACAAUUUAAAAUAACCUUUCUGUGUGAAUAUAUGUUACAAUGUCAUUUAUAAGCGCUGUAUUUUCAGCAUCAUUACUCCAGUCUUCAGAGUCACAAGAUCUUCAGAAAUUAUUCUAAGAUGAUGAUUUGCUGCUCGAGAAACACUUUCCGAUUAUCAUCAAUUUUGAAAAGAGUUGCGCUG